AUGCUCGCCGUCAAGGGCCUCGUUACUAAAGGCACUCUGGUGCAGACCAAAGGGACCGGCGCGUCUGGAUCUUUUAAGCUGAACAAGAAGCAGACCGAAGUGAAGAAGCCCGCAAAGAAAGCCGCGCCCAAAGCGACAAAGGCGGCCGCCAAAAAGCCCGCCGCGGCUAAGAAGCCCAAGAAAGUAGCGGCCAAGAAACCCGCAGCCAAGAAGUCUCCCAAGAAGACAAAGAAGCCCGUCGCUGCCGUCAAGAAAGCCACCAAAAGCCCUAAGAAGGCCAAAAAGCCGGCGACCCCCAAGAAAGCAGCCAAGAGCCCCAAGAGGGCCAAAAAGCCGGCGACCCCCAAGAAGGUAAAGGCUGUAAAGCCCAAAGCAGCGAAGGCCAAAAAGGCUCCCAAGAAGAAGUAAACGUGUUUCUUAUGUUUUUUACUCCUUAAACGGCUCUUAUAAGAGCCACCCAUGUUU